AUGUUUGCCAAUAAGCGCUUGAGCAAGGAGCUCCUGAAGAUGCAAGACCACAUACCUCCAGGAAUCUCGAUCGGCAAAUCCGACAAUCUAGAGGAGUGGCAGAUGGACAUCAAAGUCCUCGACGACAACAACCCAAUCUACAAGGGUCACACCUACCGGUUGAAAUUCACCUUUUCAAACAAAUACCCGAUCGAACCACCCGAGGUCCAAUUUAUCGAAUUACCCAGUACCUCCGAUACGCCUCGCCCGAUCCCCAUGCACCCUCACAUCUACAGCAACGGCAUCAUCUGCCUGGAUCUCCUCAGUUCCUCCGGCUGGUCGCCCGUUCAAACGGUUGAAAGCGUGUGCAUGAGUAUUCAGAGCAUGUUGACUGCAAACUCGCGUAAUGAACGACCCCCGGUGAUAGCGAGUUCGUGGCGUAUAAUCGUCGGCGCAUUCGAGAUAUUCCGUUCGUUUAUGAGGAUGAUAAUGUUUGAUGUGGUUUGUGUGUUGAAUGGAAUAUGA